UCUACAGUCACUAUGGAGAUAUAUGUUCUUGUAUUGAGUCUUGCUACACUUGGUGGCAAAGUAUAUUCGUGCUGUAUACCACAACAGUUAGAGGGAGCGGUUGGGAUGUCAAUUGGUCUGAGCAAUAAUGGCAACCCUCUGGCAAUUACGGCUGUGUAUGACAAGUGGGCCAUGGAUACUGCUAUAGGAAAAGGUUAUUUAUCUGGAACAGUCUAUGUCGGGGGUCAUGCAAUUAACCAAGAAAUUGUUCAGGAUUUCAAUAAUCAAGUACAGUAUGAAGCUGCCUUGGGAAACUGCACCAUAAAACCUUUACCGUUUGAUUUUGGGACCGAAGGAGGACAGCUUUGUUUGCCAUGUAAGUACUAUAGAUAA